AAAUGAAAAUUAUAUCAAUAUAUCUAUCAUUUAUCAUAUUAUCAUUUACAUCAUCUCCUACUAAAUGUUUAACUUCAAUAUCUGAUAAUCGUAUAUUGGAUUCAAUAAUACCGCCUAAUUAUGAUCCAAGUUUUCCCCCAAACAUGAAUGGUAAACCCGUUAACGUUGAUAUCUCGGUGUCUGUGCUUAGCAUACGAUCCGUUAAAGAAACAGAACUUACAUAUGUGAUGGAUGUAUUUUAUCAUCAAUAUUGGACUGAUCAUAGACUUCAGUCGUUUUAUUUAAAUGAGACCAAAAGUUUGGUAUUAGACAACACAUGGAGAAAAAAAUUAUGGAUUCCGGACGCAUACUUCAAGAAUGCAUUGGACGGUCGGGUGCCGGACAUCAUAUUUCCCACACAAUAUUUUGUCAUCACUAACACAACCAAUGUUUUUAUGGCCUCCAGAAUAUCUCUGCAAUUAAGUUGUGAAAUGGAGUUCUCGAGGUUUCCACACGACUCUCAACAAUGUUUUAUAGACAUUAUGUCGCUUUCUCACACUAUAGACACCGUUAUUUUGAAUUGGAAAGAGUUUUCACUAACUAAACGUCUUUAUAUGACUCAAUUUUCUAUAUCUGAAUCAUCGGCUGAAACUCUUACAAAGACCUAUAUAAUUGGAAAAUUUUCAUGUCUUAGGGGACGCGUUGUAUUGAUACGACUUUUAGGACUCUAUAUACUGAAGAAUUACAUUCCCAGUGCUAUAAUAGUGAUUAUGUCUUUUGUUGGCUUCUGGAUCCCAACUGGCGCUUAUCCGGCUAGAGUGGCACUGGUAAUUACAGCACUAUUAGCUUUAAUUACUCAACAAUACCAGACUUCACAAGUAAACGUUUCGUAUAUAAUAGCUAUAAAUGUUUGGAUGAUUAUAUGCAUAACGUUUGUAUUUUUGGCAUUAAUUGAAUACGCGUUUGCAAUAACUUACCAGGAUAAUAGACAAACAAAACAAACCAACAAAAUUGAUACAGAAAUUGUUAACUCUAAUUCCAACGAAUCCAAAGCCAAACCAAUUGCAAAGUCAGAAAUGAGUCAAAAAUGGUUUAAAGUAUACGCUAUAACAGGGUUUAGGAGUAAUACUAACAGAAUUGAUCUCAUCUCCCGAUACUUGUUUCCCAUAGGGUUUACAUUAAGUGUUAUUAUUUAUUUAUUUACAUAUGCUAUGAAAUAAAUUUGACAUUUUUAUCAAUUAUAAUAAUUUUAAAA